AUGACUACGCUGGUGACGCCAGAGAUCUCGGCUAUUGUCGACCCGCUUGUGUCGCAAAUCAAAAGAAGACAAACUAUAGAUGACAAGGCGUUGGCUUUGGAAGUGGCCCAUAUGCUUAUGAGGGUCAUUUCAGCAGUCAGAUGGACCAACCCGUAUGAUUUAAUCGCUGUGAUUAGGAAAGUGGGCAUUGUCCUUGAAAACGCUAGACCUACGGAUGUCAUUGCUGGCAAUAUCGUGAGAAGAGUGCUUGCGUUGAUCAGAGAUGAGAUUGAAACUGAAAACAGCACAGACAGCACACCUAUGAUGAGUUCCAUGUUCAGUUUACUCUCCACCAACCACCAGGGAACGAAAAAGAACCAACAAACACACAGUAAGAAGCAGUCUAGCGAUAUGAGGUCGCUUAUUAUCCAGGGUAUUAAAGAGCUUGUGGAUGAGAUUUCAAAUGUCAAGGAAGAGCUUGAGUCUAUGGCCUCUGACCUUAUUCAUGAGAAUGAAACUUUACUAUGUGCUACGCCUACAUCGGAUACGGUGUUGCAAUUUUUAAUUAAAGCCAGAACAAAGAGAAAGUUUACUGUUUUGGUGACGGAGAGUUAUCCUAACGACUUGCAAGAUGCUCAGAAGUUCGUAAAGACGCUAGCCCAGAACAAGAUUGAAGCUGUGCUUAUACCUGACAGCACAAUUUUUGCUGUGAUGUCCAGAGUUGGUAAGGUUAUACUUGGCGCCAACGCUGUUUACGCUAACGGUGGUGCUCUUUCGAACGCUGGUGUCGCUAACGUGGUGGAAUGUGCUAAGGAACAUAAAACUCCUGUUUUCGCUGUGGCCGGUUUGUUCAAGAUCUCUCCUAGAUAUCCUUUCAACAGAGAGGACCUUAUUGAGGUUGGUAAUUCCGGAAAAGUGCUCAACUAUGACGAUUUCAACCUUCUUGAGAACGUGGACGUCGUCACCAACCCAAUGGCAGACUAUGUUCCUCCAGAACACAUUGACAUCUACAUCACGAAUAUUGGCGGUUUUGCACCAUCAUUCAUCUAUAGAAUUGUCUUGGACAACUACAAAGCCGAAGACAGUAACCUUGAGUAA